AUGCAACAGGCUUUAGACAAAUCGGUUAUAAUCAGUGAAAUUCUGGACCCGAGGACUAAAAAUCUGUUGACCAUGUCGAAAAUAAGUGAUUAUGUUUUGUCAAAUGAGCUUGUGAGCAUUGCAUUGGCUAUGGUUGUAGAGGAUCUGAAAAUUGGUAGGCCUGGCUAUAGGGUGACAAAACAGUUUGAUCCAGAGACAAAACAAAGAUCUCUCCUUUUUCAGAUUGAAUAUCCUGAGAUUGAAGACAAUACAAAGCCGAGGCAUAGAUUUAUGUCCUCCUUUGAGCAGAAAAUCCAGCCAUUUGACAAAAGAUAUCAAUAUCUUUUGUUUGCUGCAGAACCAUAUGAGAUCAUUUCUUUUAAGGUACCAAGCACAGAGGUUGACAAGUCAACUCCAAAUCCGGCCGCCGACUCUGUUCAUCGCCACAGCGUCCCCGCCAUCUGCGUCCCAGCUACUUUGGCCGCGAAUUAG